AUGCUACACCCCAAGAACACAGAAAUCUACUUUGAGCUGAAUACCAGAGCAAAGAUACCAGCCUUGGGUCUGGGAACGGCCAAUGAAGUCGAACAAAUCCCACAGACAAAACAAGCCAUCAAGGCUGCGAUUAAAUCGGGAUACAGACUAAUUGACACGGCAUGGGCAUACCAAUGCGAAGACCGCAUUGGUGAAGCUUUGAAAGAACUUUUUGAUGAAGGUGCUAUUAAGAGAGAAGAUAUUUUCAUUACAACCAAGGUGUGGCCAACUCACUGGGAUAUUGCAUCCGAUUCCAUAAAUCGUUCUUUGGAAAACCUAGGAGUGGACCAUGUCGAUCUUGUGCUUCAACACUGGCCCCUAUGCUUCAACAGAGUUGAAGACAAGAACGGUGUAGAUGGGAUAACAAGAAACCCUACACAUGAAGAUGGCUCUCCUAACAUCAACCCAAAAGGAGACUACUUAGACACAUACAAACAGCUGGAAAAAAUGCACUUGAACAAAGACCCUCGUUUUAAGGCCAUCGGGGUAUCAAACUACCCAGUCGAGUACUUGCAGAGACUGAUGAAGGAGUGCACUGUGGUUCCAGCCCUGAACCAAGUGGAAAUCCAUCCUCAGCUGCCACAAGUGGAACUACGUGAAUUUUGUCAAGCGCAUGGAAUCAUCUUGGAAUCCUACUCUCCUUUCGGUGCCACUGGUUCCCCUUUGAAGGACAACCAGAGUUUCCAGGCUCUUGCUGACAAGUACUCCUGUACUCCAAACGAUGUCCUUUUAGCUUACAACAUCAGACAAGGACAAGUGGUCGUCCCUCGCUCGGUCAAUCCAAAGAACAUUGUCUCUAACAUCGAAUUUGUGCCUUUGACUAAGCAAGACAUCGCCUCUUUGACCCAGUAUGGUCUCGAAAAUCCGAAGCGAUUCAGAGAUGAGCCAUUUGCAGUGUCUAUUCCAGGGUUCCGUGAGAAUGUCAAGUAG